AGAUUGCACCCGGCCGGCCCCCUCCGGGCAUAAAGGGGAGCGGGUCACAGGCAGGCGGUGCAGAAGCGGGUCGGUCUGUGCUCCCCGCUCCUCGCCACACACACACACCGGGAGGAUGAGGUUCGCCGUGGGCGUCCUGCUGGCCUGUGCAGCCCUGGGACUAUGUCUGGCUGUCCCUGAGAAAACUGUAAAAUGGUGCGCAGUGUCAGAGCAUGAAAACGCCAAGUGCAUCAGCUUCCGUGACCACAUGAAAACCGUCCUUCCAGCGGAUGGUCCCAGGCUCGCCUGUGUGAAGAAAACCUCCUACCCUGAUUGCAUCAAGGCCAUUUCAGGGGGUGAAGCAGAUGCUGUGACCUUGGACGCCGGCUGGGUGUACGAUGCAGGCCUGACUCCCAACAACCUGAAGCCUGUAGCAGCCGAGAUUUAUGGGACACCUGAGAAACCACAAACCUUCUACUGGGCUGUGGCCGUGGUAAAGAAGGGUUCGGGCUUCCUGUUUGAAGAGCUCCAAGGCAAGAAGUCCUGCCACACGGGCCUGGGCAGGUCUGCAGGGUGGAACAUCCCCAUUGGCUUACUUUACUGUAAAUUGCCGGAGCCCCGCAACCCUCUUGAGAAAGCUGUGGCCAGUUUCUUCUCGGGCAGUUGUGUCCCCUGUGCAGAUCCUGUGGCCUUCCCCCAACUGUGUCAACUGUGUCCAGGCUGUGGCUGCUCCUCUCUUCAACCAUACUUUGGCUAUAUAGGAGCCCUCAAGUGUCUGAGAGAUGGAGGUGGGGAUGUGGCCUUCGUCAAGCAUACAACCCCAUUUGAGCUCUUUCCCAACCAGGCUGACAGGGACCAAUAUGAGCUGCUCUGCCUUGACAAUAGCCGAAAGCCAGUGGAUCAGUAUGAGAAUUGCCACCUAGCUCGUAUCCCUUCUCACGCUGUUGUGGCUCGAAAAGUGGACGGCAAGGAGGAUUUGAUCUGGGAGAUUCUCAAAGUGGCCCAGGAACAUUUUGGCAAAGGCACAACAAAAGACUUCCAACUGUUCAGCUCUCCUCAUGGGGCAAACCUGAUGUUUAAAGAUUCUGCCAUUGGCCUGUUAAGAGUUCCCCCAAGGAUGGACUACAAGAUAUACCUCAGCCAUCAAUAUGUCACUGCCAUUCGGAAUCAACGCGAAGGCGUGUGCCCAGAAAGCUCCAGUCAAAGCCAGUCAGUGAAGUGGUGUGCACUGAGUCACCAUGAGAAACUCAAGUGUGACGAAUGGAGCGUUAACAGCGGAGGAAAAAUUGAGUGUGAAUCAGCAGAGACCACAGAAGACUGCAUUUACAAGAUCAUGAAUGGAGAAGCUGACGCAAUGAGCUUGGAUGGAGGACAUGCCUACAUAGCAGGCCAUUGUGGUCUAGUGCCCGUCCUGGCAGAGGGUUAUGAGAACUAUACAAAGAAAGAGCCACUACAGAAAGGGUAUUAUGCUGUGGCAGUGGUGAAGGCCUCGGACAAGGACAUCACCUGGAACAACCUGAAAGGCAAGAAGUCCUGCCAUACCGGGGUGGACAGAACUGCAGGCUGGAACAUCCCCAUGGGCCUACUGUACAGCAGGAUCAACCACUGCAAGUUCGAUGAAUUUUUCAGUCAAGGCUGUGCUCCUGGGUAUGAGAAGAAUUCCACUCUCUGUGACCUGUGUAUCGGCCCAAGCAAAUGUGCUCAGAACAGCAAAGAAGGAUAUUACGGUUAUACAGGGGCUUUCAGGUGUCUUGUUGAAAAGGGAGAUGUAGCCUUUGUGAAACAUCUAACUGUCCUGGAGAACACUGAAGGAAACAACUCUGCUCCAUGGGCUAAGAAUCUGAAGCAGAAAGACUUCAUGCUGCUGUGCCCUGAUGGCACCAGGAAGCCUGUGACCGAGUUUGAAAAGUGCCACCUGGCCCAAGCUCCGAACCAUGUUGUGGUCACUCGGAAAGAGAUAGCAGCCCGAGUUAAGGACAUAGUGUCUAAGCACUGGAAAUCACUUACAUCUGACUGCAAUGAAAAUGCCUGCAAGUUAGACCUUCUGUUCAGACACGACACCAAAUAUUUGAUUAAGAUUCCUGAUGGUAUCACAUUAGAAAAAUACUUAGGAGCCGAGUAUGUCCAAGCUGUUGGUAACAUGAGAAAGUGCUCAACCUCACGACUCCUAGAAGCCUGCACUUUCCACAAAGGCAGAGUAGAAAUCCUCAAAUGGAAUUUGGCAGUCAUUAAUUUUGUUCAAAAUCAUUGUUCUUUCAACAAUCGAAAGGAACUACCACUCCCGAGAUGCUCCGCGGUGCGGAGCCUAGGGCCACGUCGCUUAGGCGGUCCGGGGAGAUCACGCACCUCCUCCAUGGCUUCCGCGAACACCCGGCGUGUUGGGGAUGGCGCCGAGGGCGCCUUCCAGCCUUACCUGGACUCCUUGCGGCAGGAACUGCAGCAGAGGGAUCCCACGCUGGUGUCGGUGGCGGUGGCGCUGCUCGCGGUACUCCUGACGCUGGUGCUCUGGAAGUUUAUCUGGAGCCGAAAGAGCAGUCAGAGAGCUGUUCUCUUCGUUGGCCUCUGUGACUCUGGGAAAACGUUGCUGUUUGUCAGGUUGCUAACUGGCCACUACAGAGACACACAGACUUCUAUUACCGACAGUUCUGCUGCAUACAAAGUCAACAAUAACAGGGGCAAUAGCCUGACUUUGAUUGACCUCCCGGGGCACGAGAGCUUGAGACUUCAGUUCUUAGAUCGCUUUAAGUCUUCAGCCAGGGCGGUGGUGUUCGUGGUCGAUAGCGCAACGUUCCAGCGGGAGGUGAAAGACGUGGCUGAGUUUCUGUAUCAGGUCCUCAUUGACAGCAUGGCUCUGAAGAACACACCGUUCUUCUUAAUAGCCUGCAAUAAGCAAGAUAUCGCAAUGGCAAAAUCAGCAAAGUUAAUUCAGCAGCAGCUUGAAAAGGAACUCAACACCUUGCGAGUGACACGGUCUGCUGCUCCCAGCACCCUGGACAGUUCCAGCACUGCACCUACUCAGUUGGGAAAGAAAGGAAAAGAGUUUGAAUUCUCCCAGUUGCCCCUCAAAGUAGAGUUCCUGGAGUGUAGUGCCAAGGGUGGACGAGGGGACGCUGGCUCUGCUGACAUCCAGGACUUGGAAAAGUGGCUGGCCAAGAUCGCCUGAGGGGCAGCCGUGGCCGCAAACCUUGGCCAUCUGUGACUGACUGGCAGUUUGGGAAAGGGCUGUGGUGGUGUGGAGCUGACAAAGAGGAGCUGAUGAAAGUAGUGUCUGCAGCAUCUCCUCCUUCUAUAAACAGUUAUACCAGCCUGAGAGUAGUCCUGCCCCGGCAGCUCCUUUCUCAAGUAGGCCUUUUUAUUUAACUCUUUCAUUCUUCCUUUGUUAGGUGUAGCAUUGCUUUAGUGUGAGAUAGAACAGACAGGGCAUUACUUGAGGAUAGGCUUAUCAUCUGAAAAGUCUUAUCUCCUGCCUGUCUGCGGUGGUCCCUUUUCCUGGAACCAUACCUGCCUAUUUAUGGACCAGUUAAUUUCCAGUUGCCCCUGGUGUUUUGGCAUAGUACACUGUCAGUUCGUAGUGAAGUCUCCAGUGUGAAGGCAGUUACAGUGAAGACAGCUUCAGAACCACAGGGCACAGUUCUUCAAGGUCUCCAUGACUUGUGUCCACUCCACCUCGGGCCGAAUAGCCACUGAACCCCUAGAGUCACCCUUGCCUGGUGGACGUAAGAGCCAAGUGCCCAGGCACUCACAGUUUAGUAUGUUCUAGAGGCUCCACUGGGGACAGCUGGGAGACAGCACACGGCUGCCUCGGGGGGUGCGUGAGCCCGGGCUGUUGGCUGUGCUGCUUGAUCAGCUCCUGUUGUGUCACCUCAUCUAGAAGGCUGUGGCACAAUACAAACUUAAAAAAUCUACUGUAUACUUUUAAGUACGCAUUUGUUCAUGCUUUAAAAAAAAAGUUGCCUUUUCAAAAUAA